GUCGAAGAAACGGAUCACAUCGAGGUAUAGCUGACGCGUUUUGAUGCUUUUCUCGUUCCCUGAUCUGUACAAGUCCAGCAGGCAGGCAGUCACGAAACACUACACUAACGCAUGAUUGGGUCAGUCCACCCCGGCCAGCCAGCCAUGAGAGCAUCCCUCCGUCACGACAGCCCUCUGCCAUCCCCUAGGCCUGCACAAUCCUACACUCCACGCAUCCUCCCUUGGCAAGAGUGGGGCGACCGACCUGACAGACAAGAAUGGGACCCCACACACAGCAUACAUGCAGCACCGGUGGACAAGCCCAUCGACGGAGGAGACACAAACCGUACCUGUCCUCCUUGUUAGGUGUCGAGUGCUUUGAGAGUGAGCGUAUUCGGACGCCGCCCGGGAAGUCCCCCCCAACUGAUGCGAAACCGGCCGUCAACGCCUUCAAUGGCGUCGCCGUGGGUCCGCUCCUCCACCAGCCGCCUAAAGCUCUGACCUCCAACUGGCCGCAACAGCGAGAAGUGGAGCUCCUUGAUGCCUCGGAUCGUGAGCAGCGACCUGACGCAGGCGAUGCCGAACUCGCCAGGGCAUCGCCAUCGCCCAAAUCCCGAGGAACUGCAGACAGACAGACAGACAUAACAUCCAAUGGGUUGGCGAGCGAGAGCUGCCGAUUGGUUGUCUGUGAGGAGGCGAUUGUCUGCAGCUCACCCUCUACACUACUAUCCAGUACUGUGAUGGUCGGCAGCUGAUCCGCCAUGUCCCCCCACGUCAGCCCCCCCUCACCCACAUCCGUCACGCUUGUGGCCUCGAAACACUCCAACUCCCUCUCCCCACCAACCGCCUGCAACACCCCCACUGCUUGCUCCUCUGUCGAGUGCCACAGCUCAAUGCGUUUGACAGCCGGCAUCUUGGUCAGCAGCUUGCGAGCAAUCACGUGCCCGUUGCUGUCGUGGAUGGAGAGGGACGACGCGGCGGGGAAUGCGUUGUUUGGCAUGCUGUCGAUCACAAGUGGGUCAGCAUCCAGACCCACUUGUGAUCGCAUGACCUCCACCCUCUCCGCUUUGAGGAAUGUCAGGGACUGAGCGAGGGCGAUGGCAGCGGGGCUGGGCGUGUCCAGAGGGUUGGUGGUGUGGUUGGGGAGGAUGGCUGGGGACACUGUGUGGGCUUUGGCUGCCAGCUGCUGGAUGUGUUUCUGCACGAAGGGGGAGGGCUCCGGGCGCGUGGGGACCCCACACAGAAGGGAAAGGUCGAAGGCGUUACUCGUGUCGAAGAUACUGAUGUCGACGGGGAUGUCGGGCCUCACAGAGACGGCACGGGCGAAGGUCUCGAUGGCCGAGAGGGUCGCGAAGAUGUGGCUGUCGAUAAAGGAGUCCUUGAGCUUCAUGCUGAGCUUCUUGAUGGAGCGGCAGCCACGGUCGACAAGAACGGCCUGCACAAAGACACACGUACAUCGCAAACAGACUCUCACCCACUCUCUCUGAUUUUGUGUAUCUUGUGUAAUCCGUCGCACACCUGAAGGCGCUCUAGACCCCUAGCGCUCGCGCUCGACAUUCUGAGUGUGCCGACAUCCUCCAGCUGCGACAGCGACCCCGGCUGGCCGGCCGCUGCCACCGGGAUCUGCGCCAGCGAGUUGGCCGUGACGUCAGGAUGGCAUUCCACGUGCAGCUCCUUGAGGCACCGCGACAUCCCCACCAGCCCCUCCAACACCUCCAACACCCCAUCGCCACACACGAUCCCUCCCAACUGGACUGCCUCCAGUGACGGCAGCUGCCAGUGGCGCCCGCGGCCGGGAUAGGAGAGCUCAUAUCCCUGCACCGUGAUGGAAGUGAGGGAUGUAAGGGUGGGGGGCGGGUCGAGGCGCGAGAGGAGAGCCACCGACGGCUCCGUCGCAGCUCGGAUAUCGCGAUACUCGUCCUCGUCGACGAUGACGGUCGAUCCGCCGCUCUCGCCGUACUCGAUCGACUCAAGCGUCCCCCGGCCUAGUUGGCCGGCUGCUGUGGCCGCCUCGGCUCUCCGCCCCUCACUGUGGCCCUCCACCGAUGCCGUGACGACCUUGUGGAUAACCGGCGACAGAGGGAUGUAGUCAAUAAAAGCGGGCGGCCCUCUUGAGAUGAAGAGGUUACGGGGAUGCUUGACGACGAUUGACUUGAGCCGUGUGAGCUGCCGGCCCCACUCGAAGGCGUCAGCGAAUGAGAGGCCGCACCAGAAGCGCCGCUCGGCGGUGUCGUAGGUGUCCAUGACCAGCUGGGUGAUCUGGCAGCCGACGUGGCGCCACAGCCGCUGGGGCAGCGCCGCCACCAAAUGAAGCGACACGAACGAGAAGACGUAGGCAACAACAACCGGCUGAGUGUUUCUCUGACAACACACACCACACAGACACAGAGAGAGGAGACAAUGAGGAUGUGUGUGUUUGCCAGUGGUUUGGUUUGGUGCAUCUCAGCUUACGAUGUGGCUGAAGUGUUGAGCAAAGGCCUGCAGACCUAUGCUGUGGGUGGCGUGCGAUGCCGUCGCCUGCUGCUGGUGCUGCGGGCCGUCGGUGUCCAUCAUGGCCUCCUCGUGUGCAUCGUCCUCCUCUCGCUCUGCCCGCCUCUGUCGCUUCGACGCCGACUCACUCAUCGCCUGACCACGUCAAU